AUGGCCCCGCCGGGACUGACACGGCUAUCUUCUCCAGCGCUGCUCCUGCAGCUCAUGCUGCUGUUCUCGCUGCUGCCGCGGGGGGACGCCCUAAGCCUGGUCUGGAAGGCGAACCCUGGCCUCCCAGAGCCGAGUGAGGACACCUCCAGAUUCCUGGAGAUGCAGAAACGCUACAAGGACCUGGUAGACCAGCUACGGGUGAACCGGAGCCGGGAAGACUCAAACCUGGACCACAGAACCGCCUCUGUUUUUUGGAAUCUGAACCCAGAGGUGUGGCCUGGUCCAGGCGGCUACGUGCACCUGCGCAUCCCCAGAGCCGCCCUCUCCGCGGGGCGCCCCGCCGCCCUCCGCCUGCACCGGGCCCUGCUCUGGCUCUCCCCGACGGCGCCGAGCUCACGCGAUGUGACCCGGCCUCUGCAGCGCCUUCUCGCCCGUGGGGGCCCGGCGUCGUCUGUGCUGCGCCUGCGAUUGUCGCCGCUGCCAUCUGACCGCGAGCAGGCGGCGGCGAAGCCGUCGGCUCGGCUGGAGCUGCACCUACGAUCGCGCGCCACCAGGAGGCGACGCAGCACGCGUGUGCUUACGGCGGAGACCUGCGCGGCGGGGGAGGCGCACUGCUGCGGCGUGAAGAGCCGGCGCGUAAUGCUGGAAGAGCUGGGCUGGGCUGACUGGGUGCUGGCGCCGCGCGAACUGGACGUGCGCGCCUGUGUCGGCGCUUGCCCGCCCCGCUUCCGGCCAGCCAGCACGCACUCGAGGAUCAAAUCGCGUUUGCACGACCUGGACCCGGGUUCUACGCCUGAGCCAUGCUGCGUACCUGCCAGUUUUGAGCCCGUGGUGCUCAUGCACCACGACAGCGACGGCCGCCUGAUGCUCACGCCCUACGAAGACAUCCUAGUUAAGGACUGCCACUGCGCUUGA